GUUCGGCGCUGAUGAUGUCAGCCACUGUGCGCCGGGAACUGUCAGCUCUGCGCUGCUGAAGCUUCCGAGAGGUCUAUGUCCGAGACAGGCUUAUAAAAGCAGACUAUUAUACCUCUAAUAAACAACAGAGGAAGCGCAAUCAUGGACAGCGAUGACGACAACAUGGAAGAAGUGGUGGAAGGACCACUGGAUGAGGAUGACCAACCUCAUGGAUUUUGCACUGUGACUUACUCCUCCAGUGACAGAUUUGAGGGGCACUUUGUUCAUGGGGAGAAAAAUGGAAAAGGAAAGUUCUUCUUUUUUGAUGGCAGUACGCUGGAGGGUUUCUACGUGGAUGAUGCUUUGCAGGGCCAGGGUAUUUAUACUUACGAGGAUGGGGGAGCAUUACAUGGGACUUAUGUAGAAGGCGAGCUCAAUGGACCUGCUCAAGAGUUCAAUCCAGAAGGUCAACUGGUCUUCAGGGGCCAGUACAAGGACAACAUUCGUUAUGGCAUGUGCUGGGUCUACUACCCGGAUGGCGCCUGUGUGGUCGGGGAAGUGAAUGAAGAUGGAGAGAUGACAGGAAAGUCGGUGGCUUAUGUUUAUCCUGAUGGGCGUACUGCUCUGUAUGGCUCCUUUGUUGAUGGAGAACUGAUUGAGGCCCGACUUGCCACUCUUACCACCCAAGAGAACGGCAGACCACACUUCACUGUUGAUCCAGAUAGUCCUGUUUACUCCUAUGAUAAAUCCACCUCAUCAUGUAUCGCUGGUCAUAAACUGCUGCUCGACCCCUACGAAAGUCAACGUGUGUAUGUUGGACAAUCACUUAUUUCUGGAGCUGGAGAAGGGCUAUUUGCAAAAAUUGAGGCUGAGACUAACACCGUGAUGGCUUUUUAUAAUGGUGUCCGAAUUACACAUACAGAGGUGGAUUGUCGUGACUGGUCCAUGAAUGGGAACACUAUUUCAUUGGAUGAGGACACUGUGAUUGAUGUUCCAGAACCUUUCAAUCUGAUGGAGAAUUAUUGUGCUUCUCUAGGUCACAAGGCCAAUCACUCCUUCACUCCCAAUUGCAAAUAUGAUCCGUACAUCCAUCCUCGUUUUGGGCAAAUAAAAUGCAUCCGAACAAUCCGUGCUGUGGAAAAAGAUGAAGAACUCACGGUUGCUUAUGGUUAUGACCAUGAGCCUUCAGGGAAGUCUGGUCCAGAGGCACCAGAAUGGUACACAAGGCAAUUGUUGGAGUUUCAGCAGAAGGAGUCUGGAAAAGGUGCUGAUGAGACCUGCUAAGACCCUCACCACCGCCUGUCUGAAAAAAACAUGAUCUCCUAUCCCAGCCUAUAACUACCACCAGAAACUCUUAACUUUAUUCUUUGACCUUCUUCGCAGCUAACAUUAAUAAGUAAUCACUCUUCUGAACUGAUUUCUGGCAUCGUCAUCAGUUUACAAGGAUUGUAACUGUGAAAUCCUCGCUCUCUGAGCAAGCUGCAAAAUUCUAUGGUUCUACAGUGUGGAAGGAUUAGUAUGUGUGUCAGUUGGUGACUGAUUUGGUUACAUUACAAGAAUACAGAGACUAAAAAAGAGCAAGUCAUUUAAAGGCAUUUUGACUGAAAUCCAUGGAGUGGAGUUUGAAAGUAUUUAAGACAGAUGUCACGAUUCCUGGAGGUAUAUGUCCUCUUUAUCACAACUUUUGAAUACUAUGCAGUAUUAAACCAGUAUAGUGUCUUUUUGCUGCUCUGCUCAUGUUUCCCCUGAAAACUGAAAAUAUAGAUAUUUUCAUGUUGAUGUUACCAACAAUUAUUCUUGUAAAACAAUUUGUUCUCCUUUUGCAUGUGCGAACAGCUUCAGUUAUGUUUAAAUAAGCUCUAGUAUUCUUGAAGUACAGUAUUACACAGACAAAGCUGCUUAUUUCUUUGUGUAUUUUUUUUUUUUUUUUUAGAAAAACUGUGAAAAAUUGACACCAUUAAAAGAAUAAGGUGUAUUGUAUGUGUGUGGAAAAGACUGAACAGAACGUACAGUAUUUGGGAAUAAGGCACAAGGUUAAGAGAAAUCUUUCUACUGAACUAAACUUCAGCCUUUGAUAUGCAAAACUAUCAACAAAGAUUUAUCAAUAAAAACUCCAGCAUAGAGCACAA